CUCACUGAGACCCAGAACUUGAAGCAUCCGUUCACCAUGCUCACCCGCGGUACAGUGUUGUUGUCUGCUGCUGCCAUCGCGUAUGGCUUGCCCAGUACGGUGCCUCUACAGUUAAGCGAGGGGUUCUGGCGUGGCGACUUCACUGUCGGUGUUCAAAACUUCUCCCUGACAAUCGAUACCGGGAGCUUUGCCAUCUUGGUCAAAGAGGGGCUGUACAAGCCUGGCCCCGCCACCCAACAGACUAACAUCAGCGAGUUCAUCCAGUUCAAUGGCGCCAGCGAAGAUGGCAUAGCACCCGCGUCGGAGACUAUAUUCUAUGUCCGCGACGAUAUCGAGUUCGCCGGAGUUACCGUUCACGACUUCUUGGCUGGUAACAUCACUUUUGGUGACGACCUACCUGGCGAUGGCGUGGCGGGCUUCAGUCCCCCCGCGUCCGGCAACGAGGACCUAUCCAGUGGUCAAGGCCUGAUCGAAACCAUCUGCGCGCAGGGAGACCUGAUGCCUUGUCAGUUUGGUCUUGCCCUCGGGAAAGACCGCCAAGGCUCCUUCAUCUUUGGGGAGAUUGACACAUCGAAGAUUUCGGGAGAUGUCACCGUGCUCCCGACGACGAAGACCGAUUCGUGGACGGUCACCAAUGCUACCGCGGCCGAUGCGCCGAAUAUCGUCAUUGACGGCACGCCAUUCUCCCCAAUCCUGGCCACAUUCGACAGCGGGACACCGAACAUUAUCGGCUCGCUACAGCAAGUGCGUGACAUUCUGACCCUCGUCGGGUACAACAUCACCGAGCAGACGAACGAAGACCGCAUUACCGUCGCACUGGGCACGUACGAUUGUGCGCGAACCCCGGCGCGCGUCGGGUUCAGCUUCCCGCCAAGCACCGCAGUGCACUACAUCGACCUCGCCGCGAACGAGCUGAACCGCACAGCGGACGGGCGUAUCUGCACCGCGAACAUCCUCGGCACGUCGACGGUCGACGCACCGCAAUGGUCCAUUGGCCAGACGUGGUUCCAGGGGCGGUACGUGCAGCACAACCUGGACAACAACACGAUAUCCUUUGCGGACCUUACGUGAGGAGGUGCACCUUGGGUGGACGUGGGAUCGCGCCGUGACUUGAUUUUCGGAGCGACAUCGACCUGCGUGUAGUCUGUCUUACUGCGUGGUCCUCUAUACUUACGAAUCUUGUUGUAUAAUUACC